GCGCUCUUCGGGCGCACGGCAAUGACGUCAUUGCACUCUUGCCAACAUGUCGGGGUUAUGGCAAGCUGGAAGAGGAAGCAGUAUUGUAUUAAAAACAUUUUUCAGUUGCUUCUUGUUAUGUUUAACGCCUUUCGUGUUGCGGGUGGAAGCGGGGUCUGAGCCUGGAAAAUGGAUCUUAAAUGUGGACCGUGAUAUAAUUAGGGAUCAAAGUCGGUUUUUCUUCACAAAAACACUCUUCAACAACUCCAUUAUUUACCUGAAGUGGAUAACCGAAGACUGUAAAUCACCAGUGAACUUUAGCAUAUCCUGGCAAUUGUACAAUUCCUACUGCUACAACCAUGUGUUUGGUCUGGAUAAAUCCAAGUUGAAAUUCUUUAACAUCAAUGAAGAGCCUGAAGAGGGAGGAGGCGGGUUUUACCUUAUUCACAAAUACAAAUCUAUUGAGUGCAGGCAGCAUAAUAGUGGAAAUGAGUUGACUGUAAAAUUAUUUGACAAGCCAAAGAAAAUUGAUAAAGUAAGUACAAGGCAGCCUAACAAAAAGAAUGAGAAAAGGAGUGAAAAGGCUACAGACACUGGAAAGGAAAAUAACUUGCCUGAGGAACCAAUCUCCAAAGCCAAGACAUCCUUUACACCAACUGCCAAGCAAGCUAGCCCAGCUCAUGGUGCUUCCAGCAGUGUGUUGGACUAUGCUGUGGCCAAGACAUGGGAGGAUGGACCCUAUGUAUUCAUUAUUGAGAUUAUGGAAACUGAUCAAGACCUUAAUGCAGCCUUCUGGAAGUUUCAGUUAGAAAUACGGAUGUUGGGCCCACACCAGUAUAUCUCGGCUUCGGAGUGGCCUCUCAUGAUUUUCUACAUGGUCAUGUGCAUCAUUUACGUGCUCUUUGGAAUCCUAUGGCUGGUCCUUCUGGCUUGCUACUGGAGAGACUUGCUACGCAUCCAGUUCUGGAUUGGUGGAGUCAUCUUCCUAGGAAUGCUGGAGAAGGCAGUGUACUAUGCAGAGUUUCAAAGUAUUCGCUAUGAAGGCUUGUCAGUACAGGGUGCAGUGGUCUUUGCUGAGAUUUUGUCAGCUGUUAAGAGAACCUUGGCUCGUGUGCUAGUCAUUAUUGCUAGUCUGGGCUACGGCAUUGUCAAGCCACGGCUUGGUGCCCUUCUGCACCGAGUGGCAGGUGUAGGCCUGCUCUAUCUGGUCUUCUCAGUUGUUGAGGGUGUACUACGUGUGAAUUCGGAGCGAGGCAGCACAUCCCAGCUGCUGUGUGACAUUGUGCUUGCACUCACCGACUCGUGCAUCGCAUGGUGGAUCUUCAUCAGUCUAGCGCAGACAAUGAAAUUGUUGCGUUUGCGGAGGAAUGUAGUGAAACUCUCCCUCUACAGGCACUUCACCAACACACUUAUAUUUGCUGUCAUUGCGUCAAUCAUUUUCAUCAUCUGGACAACCAAGACUUUCAAGUUUACACAGUGCCAAUCAGAUUGGCAGGAACUGUGGAUUGAUGAUGCUUUUUGGAGAUUUCUCUUCUCCAUUGUUCUGUUAGCAAUCAUGUUCUUAUGGAGACCAUCUGCCAAUAAUCAGAGGUAUGCCUUUUCUGCCCUUGUGGAUGAAGUUAGUGAUGAAGAGAAGGAUCAGUUGAUGAAUGAAGCUUUUGAGGGGAUGAAGAUGCGAGGUUUGAAAUCUGAACCCAAUGGUACUGGAAAACCAAACAAGGUGGAUGAAGAUCUCAAGUGGGUUGAAGAGAACAUCCCCUCUUCAAUGGCAGAUGUGGCUUUGCCUCCUCUUUUGGAUUCAGAUGAGGAGAACUUGACAAGUAAGUUUGAGAUGUCCAAGAUGGAGUGAGACAACUGUGAGACAGAGACCAAGCAUCCAGGAUGGAACAAGCUGAAAUGUCAAGAGACUACAGCCCAGAGUCUCGGAAGAAGGGAGGCAGCAUGUCAGGAAGAGUCGUCACGUGACCCAGAAGGAGCAAGACAAUGUGUAAUCAGUUGUAAAUAGACAUGUAAAUAUUUUAUUUGCUAGGAUCUAAGAUAUCAAACAGGGAAUUGUUUGCAUUCUUUAAAAUAUUUGAAAUGAGUUACAAACACCUUUUUCAGAAAUGAAGUGUAAAAUAAACUGCUUAAAAAUUUC